AUGGUAGGAAGACCUCAGCACCCCGUCCGCGCGGAGUUCCGCGUCAUCCCCAGCAGCACCAAGCGUCCAAGCGUCGAGUGCCUGCACUGCCAGGCCCAGUUCCGCAACGCGCAGCCGGGGAGCACGCUCAUGGCUCAUGUGGUGCGCUGUCCAGAACUCUCUGAACCUGCGCGAUGCCGCUGGAGACUGUACGCGGAGCGGGAACGCGAGGCCAGCGACGCACGCAGACGUCAAAGAAACCGUCUACAACGGGGCCGCGUAGCGCCGGAAACCGUGGGAACGUCAGCCGAAGUCUACGACUACUAUCAACUGGUCGCCAAGACGUUCAUCUCAUGCGACUUCCCGUCCUGGAGCAUCACCAACGCCAACUUCCGGAAGCUGCUGACGUUGGGACGGGACGACGUCCAGUCGCUCGAUCGACGCAAAGUCGCACGGCUCAUGAUCGACUUGACGCCAACUACACUUUCGCUGGACGUCGACGUCUGGAUGCGCGCAGAGGUGGCGCUGUACCUCUGUAAGGACAUCGAGCAGGGUCAAGUCGUCGUUGACUCGCUGGAAGAUGAAGCUCUGGGCUGUCAACUGCUGGCGAAAGCGCUCGUUGCGCGGCAGAUCCCGUCGUGGGUGAUUGAGAACGAGGGUCUACGAGAGGCUCUGAUCCAAGGCCGUGUCAAUGUGAAGCUCCCACGCCAACGCGAGCUCGCUGCGAUGAUGAAGUACUUUUCUCCGUCGACAGUUUCGAUGAGUGUGAGCGAGUGGAUGAAGUUCGAGAAACUGGGAUACAUACUGGCGCAGUUCGAGGACGAUGCCUGA